GCUCCACCGUGCCUUCGCCGGCCCAAUCCCGCUACCGACCUCGCGGCAUGUCACUUAGUAGCUGACACCACCACUACGACUCGCCCCGUGCACCCCUCGCCGUGCUCGGCCAGCCCGCAGCCCCUCGCAAGAUGAUUCCCCGACGCAAACAUAACGCCUCCUCGGGCUCGCUGCCCGCGCCCGACGACAAGACGGCCAGCAACGACUACAUACUGAAUGCGGGUUCGGAGAAGUGCCCGGGCGGCUGGCGCGCCGCCGUGCGCCGGCGCCUCAACCGCAAGACGCUGCACAAGCGCGUGCCCGUGACGCGCUGGCUGCCGCGCUACUCCACGCAGGACGCGCUCGGCGACCUCAUCGCGGGCGUGACCGUCGGCCUCACCGUGAUCCCGCAGUCGCUCGCCUACUCCAACAUCGCGGGGCUGCCGCCGCAGCACGGCCUCUACGGCUCGUUCGUCGGGUGCUUCGUGUACAUCGUGCUGGGCGGGUGCCGCGCCGUGCCCGCCGGGCCCACCGCCAUCGCGUCGCUGCUCACGUGGCAGGUGGCGGGCGGCGUCAUCGAGAAGGCGAUCCUGCUGUGCAUGCUGUCGGGGCUGGUGGAGCUGCUGAUGGGCGUGCUGGGGCUCGGCUUCCUGAUCGACUUCGUGUCGGGCCCCGUGUCCUCGGGCUUCACGUCCGCCGUGGCGCUCAUGAUCGCCACCAGCCAGGUCAAGGACCUGUUCGCGAUCAGCAUGUCGGGCACCACGUUCCUGCAGCAGUGGAUCUCCGUGUUCCGGAACCUGCACGGCGCCGCGCUCUGGGACCCCAUCCUCGGCUUCGUCUGCAUCGCGCUGCUGCUCUCUAUGCGGCGCAUCGGCAUGGUGAAGCUGGGCGGCGAGGCGCCGAGCGCGCGGCAGCGCUGGGUGACGCGCUGCUGCUGGCUGCUGGGCACGUGCCGCAACGCCGUCGUCGUCGUCGCGUCCGGCGCGCUCGGCUUCUGGUUCGUCUCCACGCACGGCGCCGCGCCCGUGCGCCUCAUGGGCUCGAUCCCGUCCGGCGUGCCGGUGCCGGCGCUGCCGCCGGUCAGCUACGUGCGCGCCGACAACUCCACCGCCGACUUCCUCGAGAUGAUCUCGGAGAUGGGGUCCGGCAUCAUCGUGAUCCCGCUGAUCGUGCUGCUGGAGGACAUCGCCAUCUGCAAGGUGUUCUCGGACGGCAAGACCAUCGACGCCACGCAGGAGAUGAUCGCCAUCGGCACCUGCAACAUCGCCAACUCGUUCAUGGGCGCGUACCCGGGCGGCGGCUCCCUGGCGCGCUCCGUCGUCUCCAACGGCUCCGGCGUGCGCACGCCCGCCAACGGCAUCUACACCGGCAUCAUGGUGAUCCUGGCGCUUCAGUUCUUCACGCAGUACUUCGAGUUCAUCCCGAAGGCGGCGCUGGCGGCCGUCAUCAUCUCCGCCAUCGUCUUCAUGGUGGAGUACCACGUCGUCAAGCCCAUGUGGAGAGCUAAAAAACUGGACCUGAUCCCGGGCAUCGGCACGUUCGUGCUGUGCCUGACGCUGCCGGUGGAGAUGGGCAUCCUCACCGGCGUCAUCGUCAACAUCAUCUUCAUCCUCUACCACGCCGCGCGCCCCAAGUUCUCCGUCGAGAUGCUAAAGACGGAGCGCGGCGUGGAGUACCUGAUGAUCACGCCGGACCGGUGCCUGAUGUUCCCGUCCGUGGACUACGUGAAGAAGCUGGUGACCAAGUGCGCGGGCGCGAGCUCGUGCGAGGCCGGCAGCGGCCCGCUGCCCGUGGUGCUCGAGUGCACGCACAUCUACAGCGCCGACUUCACGGCCGCCAAGUCCAUCCAGCAGCUCACGGCCGACUUCCACGAGCGCCGCCAGCCGCUCUACUUCUACAACGUGAAGCCGUCGGUGUGCUCGCUGUUCGAGGCCGUGGCCAAGCCGGAGCACUUCGUCACCUUCUACGAGGACGAGGAGCUGGACCGCCUGCUGGCCGCCGACGAGCGCCUGCAGCCGCGCAAGACGCUGCCCCAGGGCCAGGUGUAGCCCCGCCCCGCCCCG